AUGUGGGCGGUGCGGAGAUGGCAAAAUCUAGAUUCGAGGCGAGAAUGGAUGAGCAGCGGAACGGAACGGGAAUGCCACCGAAUGACGACAGCGGAAGCCAGCCGGGAUGGGGCGGAGGGUCGAACUAGGUGGGGCGAUGUGGGCGGUGCGGAGAAGCAAAUUCCUAAAACCACAGAGAUACAGGAGCAGCGCCGGAUCAGACGAACCGGAACCGGACGGAAUGAGGACAACGGAAUCCAGCGGGACUGGCAACAGACGGAGGAAUACAACUACAAGUAG